UGGCAUUGCAGUUUCCACAUCUCUACAUUCAUUCAAUCCGAACGUUGCCUUUCAAGUUUCAACUAAAACCAAAAAAUUUAAAUUAAAAAAAAAAAAACAAAAAAAAAAAAAAGAAAGAAAGAAAGAAAAGGAGUUCAACAAUGGAAGUUCUGUUCAGUCCCUGCAACUCUAGACCUCCAAUGGCAACGCCAUUCAAACAAGAGAAACCUUUUGAAUUUUCAUCAAAACCUCAUAAACCCAGAACAUUCAACAAGACCCACCAAUCAUUAUCCAUAAAAAAUGAACCCAUAAUCACAGAUUCCCAUUUGAAUCACCUCUGCAGGAUCGGAAAGCUCAGCGAAGCCAUACAUGCCCUUGACUCCAUUGCCCAACGCGGGUCCAAGGUAAGACCCAACACCUUCACCCGCUUGAUACAGUCUUGCAUUGAUACAAAUUCAAUCCAUUUAGGCAGAAAACUGCAUACGCAUAUUAAUUUGCUUGGAGAGUCUGACCCAUUUGUUGAGACUAAAUUACUUGGUAUGUAUGCAAAAUGCGGGUCUUUAGGAGAUGCCCGUAAGGUUUUUGAUGAAAUGCGUGAGCGAAACUUGUAUACUUGGUCGGCCAUGAUUGGUGCGUUUUCGAGAGAGAAGAGGUGGAGGGAAGUUGUAAACCUUUUCUUUUCGAUGAUGGAAGACAAUGUUGUUCCGGACGAGUUUCUGUUUCCGAAGAUUCUAGAGGGUUGUGGGAAUUGUGGGGACGUGAGAACCGGGAGGUUGAUACAUUCAAUAGUGAUUCGAUGUGGGAUGAGUUCUGAAACCCGUGUUAACAAUUCUCUUUUGGCCGUGUAUGCAAAAUGUGGGAAUUUGAGCUUGGCAAGGACGUUUUUUGAGAAUAUGGAGGGGAAGGACACGGUGUCUUGGAAUUCAAUUAUAACUGGAUAUUGUCAAAAGGGUGAGAUUGGAGAGGCACGCCGAUUGCUUGAUUUGAUGUAUGAAGAAGGGAUUGAACCUAGUUUGGUAAGUUGGAACAUUCUGAUAAUGAGUUAUAACCAGUUGGGGAACUGUGAUAUUGCAAUAGAGACGAUGAAGGAGAUGGAGAGCUUUGGGAUUGCUCCUGAUGUUUUCACUUGGACCUCUAUGAUUUCAGGGUUUGCUCAAAAUAACCGGAGAAGCCAGGCGCUGGAACUGUUCAGGAAGAUGUUUUUGGAAGGAGUUGAACCAAACGGCAUCACGCUUAUGAGUGCAAUCUCAGUGUGUGCGUCUCUUAAAGCUCUAAGCAAGGGGAAGGAACUACAUUCGAUUGCAGUUAAGAUGGGAUUUUCUGGAGAUGUACUAGUUGGUAAUUCACUGAUUGACAUGUAUUCCAAGUGUGGGGGGGAACUUGAAGCUGCUCGGCGGGUCUUUGAUAUGGUCUUAGAGAAAGAUGCCUACACUUGGAACUCAAUGAUUGGAGGAUAUUGCCAAGCAGGCUACUGCGGCAAAGCUCAUGAUCUCUUCAUGAAAAUGCACGAAUCAGAUGUACCACCUAAUGUAAUCACGUGGAAUGUGAUGAUCACAGGAUACAUGCAAAAUGGAGAUGAGGAACGAGCAAUGGAUCUAUUCCAGAGGAUGGAGAAAGAUGGAGUUAAGCGUAAUACUGCAUCAUGGAACUCUCUCAUCGCUGGCUAUUUGCAAAAUGGGCACAAAAAUAAGGCAUUGAGGAUAUUUCGACAAAUGCAAUCUUUCAGAGUUAGACCCAAUUCAGUCACCAUUUUGAGUGUAUUACCCGCCUGUGCAAAUUUAGUUGCUGCAAAAAAGGUGAAAGAGAUACAUGGCUGUAUAUUUCGCAGAAGUCUAGAAUCUGAGCUCUCUGUUGCAAAUAUUCUUAUAGAUGCUUAUGCCAAAUCAGGUAAUAUAGUGUAUUCAAAAACUAUAUUUGACAAGAUGUCAACGAAAGAUAUCAUCACCUGGAACACACUGAUUGCUGGUUAUGUUUUACACUGUUGUUCGUAUGCUGCACUUGAUCUUUUUGAUCAGAUGACUAAGAUGGGACUUAAACCAACCAGAGGUACUUUUGUGAGUCUUAUCUCUGCAUAUGGUCUCCUUGGAAUGGUUGAUGAGGGCAAGCGUAUUUUCUCUGGCAUGUCUGAAGACUACCAUAUUUUACCAGGUUUAGAACAUUGUGCAGCUAUGAUACAUUUAUUUGGUCGUUCAGGUAGACUUGAGGAAGCAUUUAAGUUCAUUGAAGGCAUGGCCAUAGAGCCCGAUUUCUCUGUCUGGGAUGCCUUAUUAACUGCCUGUAGAGUUCAUGGAAAUAUUAGAUUGGCGGUGCAUGCAGUCGAACGAUUAUUUGAACUGGAAACAGGAAAUGCCUUGUUUCAGCGAUUAGUUUUACAGACAUACGAGUUACGCGGGAUUUCUGAUGAUUAUUUGAAUGUCAGAAAACCUGGAAUAAGGAAUGACUCUAAAGAAUCUGUUGGGUGGAGCUGGAUUGAAAUUAAAAACACAGUGCAUACUUUUGUUGCAGGUGAUAAGUGUAAACUGAAUGCAGAAACUCUUUAUUCUUGGAUAAGAAGCGUGGAAGGAGAAAUUGGAGGACCCUAUUCUCAUGCUGGGCUUUGCAUUGAGGAAGAAGAGUGGGAAGAAAUUGAUGGGGUUCACAGUGAAAAACUUGCAUUUGCAUUUGCCUUCACUGUGUCUCCUCAAACAUCUCAAACUAUUCGGAUUGUGAAGAACCUGAGAAUGUGUGGAGAUUGUCAUAGGAUGGCCAAAUUUAUCUCCAAGACACACGGGCGUGAAAUAUAUGUGAGUGACUCAAAGUGCUUACACCAUUUUAAGAAUGGACACUGUUCUUGUGGGGAUUAUUGGUAGAUAAAAGAAUUCAAGAAUCAUAUGAAUUGAUUGUUAGUUUUUCCAAGAAAAAUACCGUUUGUUUGCUGGACCAAAAUCUUUUUCAUCCUUUUGGACAUUUUGAGAGGCUUGGCCCACGGUAAGGUUGAUUCACUGCUUCACUGCGAUCUCCAUGUCUUUGCAUGUGAAAGUAAGACUGCAUACUUUUGACUCCAGAUCCCAACCCCGCAAUGGUGGAUUCAUGCGCUGGGUAUCCCUUUAGACCUUCCACACAUUCCGCUACAACAGAAGGUGAUGGCACAAUUUGAUUCUUUGUUUUCUUUGUUGUAGUAGAUGGAAUUAAUUGUUUUGAAACUUUACAUAUUAUAUUCUUGGUUAGAAAUUUUCAAAAAUCCGGGAUUUCUUGAGUUUGAAAUCUCUGUUCAAGUAUGUAGCAAGUCAGUACAAUGUAAAAUCACAUAUCGUGGCUUUCUAAAGUACAUGUAUACAUUUUUAAAUAUA